AGUAUGAGGAGAGAAAUAAGCUUACCCCCCAGUGUAUCGGCCGAUAUUUUCGUCCUUAAAAGCAAUUACAUGAACUUGCUUACCUGAGUUGGACCACUUGCUUCAAGUUUCCUUCAAAUAGGUCUUCUCAAGGGUUGCCUUCGUUUUCGGAAACUAGACUAAUUGAAAGUUUGGGCAUCUACAGGACUAAAAUUAGUGUAGGUAGAUUUAUCUACAGGUUUUUGGCUCUGUGACAGUUACCACCAUUUGGAAUUGGGAGUUGGUGCUCAUUGCCAUUAAGUCUGGCAGCUGGGUCCUCUGAUGAUGCCAGAAGGGAAAGCUAGACCACAAUUAGUGUGGCACCUACAGGACUGCACCAACUUUUUUGCAUUAUUUAAUAGGGCCGGGAGCCUAUGAACAUGCAUUUUCAGUUAGGACAGGAGGCUGCCACAGAGUUGCAGCAGUUGGGUUGGAACAUGGAUGCAUCACUCUCUGUUGAUAGAGAUGCAGAAAUGCUUGAUUCCGGUGGUAACCGCGGUGGUUGGAUCAUCUUUUUAUUCAUCAUAGGAACUUUUAUGUGCUUGACCCUUGCUGCUGGAGGAUGGCAAUCAAAUUUGAUUGUGUAUCUGAUUCAGGAAUAUAACGUGAAGAGCAUUGAUGCUGCUCAGGUUUCAAAUGUAGUCAAUGGUUGCACUUGUUUAUUUCCAAUCAUUGGAGCAAUUAUUGCAGACUCUUUUUCCGGCUGCUUCCCUGUCAUCUUAAUCUCUUCUUGUAUCUCUUUUCUGGGACUGGUCCUAUUAGUUUUGACUGCAACUCUGGACUCCUUGAGGCCUACGUCAUGUGAUGACGGAUUAAGCUUGUGUGAAACACCAUCAGAAUCUCAGUUUGCAGUUCUCUAUGCCGGUAUAGCUCUGGCAUCGAUUGGACUCGGAGGCACUCGCUUUACUAUAGCAACAAUGGGUGCAAACCAAUUUGAUAAACCAGAAGAGCAAGGGAAUUUCUUUAACUGGUUUUUCUUUGCAAUGUAUACAGCUUCUGUUAUAAGUUUUACAGCCAUUGUCUAUAUUGAGGACAAUGUCAGUUGGGGCUUGGGAUAUGGCCUAUGUGCUCUUGUAAAUUUGAUUGGUUUACUCAUUUUCUUAUCGGGAAGCAAUUUCUAUCGUCGGGAUAAGCCACAAGGCAGCCCAUUUGUGAAUAUGGUUCGUGUUCUUGUUGCAAGCGUCCGGAAAAGGAAAGUUCUGCUCUCAUCCAGAAGCGUGGAUUAUCACUACCACAAUGAUGGAGAGGCAAAGAUGGUUCCUGAAACACAUAAAAAGAGCUUGAGCUUUCUAAAUGGUGCAGCCCUGAAAACUGAAGGCGACUUGAAACCUGAUGGCUCAAUUGCAAAGCCAUGGAGCCUGUGCACAUUCCAACAAGUAGAAGAUCUCAAAACUGUCAUUAGAAUUUUCCCUUUGUGGUCAUCCAGUAUAUUUAUAAGCACCCCAAUAGCAAUCCAAGGCAGCUUAACAACCCUCCAAGCUCUAACCACAGACCGUCGCAUCGUGUCACAUUUCAAAAUCCCAGUUGGAUCUUUGCUAGUCUUGGUUCAAAUAUCUACUUGCAUCUCUCUCCCAAUAAUUGAUCGCUUCCUAUAUCCCGUAUGGCAAAAACUGACCAAUCAAUCUCCGACUCCCCUCCAAAGACUAGGAAUAGGCCAUGUCCUAAAUAUCAUAAGCAUGGUUGUUUCAGCAUUAGUGGAGUCAAGGCGUCUCAAAACAGCCCACAGCUCCACGCUGCCAAUGUUGGUUAUGUGGUUAUUCCCACAGCUGGCCUUAGUUGGCAUUGGUGAAGCCUUCCAUUUUCCGGGGCAACUUCAGUUGUGCUAUCAAGAAUUUCCAGCGUCGCUUCGAGGCACGGCGACUGCAAUGGUUGCAAUGACAAUAGGCAUUGCUUUCUACAUGGGCACGGCUCUGAUUGGUCUUGUUCGGAGGGUUACAGGGUGGUUGCCGGAUGAUAUAAACCAAGGGAGGCUUGACAAUGUGUACUGGAUGGUAGUUGUGAUUGGUGUGCUGAAUUUCGGUUAUUACUUGUUAUGUGCCAAGUUGUACAAGCAUCAGAAUGUUAGUAAGGGAGUAGAAGGUAGUUCAGGCUCUGAUGGUUGAUGGUUAUGUUUGCUAAUUAAGAGUUAAGAUCAAGCAAGUGUCUUGGAGUCUACUACUAGAGAGGAAUUAUGAGUAAACAGUAUCUUUUGAUUUUCUAGGCAGACAAUAACUACUCGUUAAU